AGGGCUCCAGCUGACCUUUAGCCCUCUAAUGGAAACAAAGUCUUUACUAUCUCUAUCAAAUAGUACCGACCAUUUAUGUUUGAGGGAAAAAAAAGAAAAAAAAAAAGUGUUAAGGAGUCUGUCUCAUAGAAGAAAGACAAGCAUACAAGUGUGAGCAUCUUUCCGGAGUGAUACCAGUUCCUGGGAAGAACUGUGAAUUCCAUCCCAUCAAUCAUCUUCAUUUUCCAUAGUUUUGAUGGAGCACUUUACCCAAACUGUACCACCACCUUUUCUGGCCCUCUCUCUAUCAGAAGGGGACGAGAAGGCAGGCACCCACUGGCAACAAACACCUCCAGCCGCCCCCUUGCAGGGACAGCCUUGACCGCAGUGCGUCCGAAGGCAUCCAACGCGCGCCGGAUCACUGCCUCGGAUGUGGUGCAUGGCACGGAUUUUACACGAGCAGCGGAUUCCCGGGGCCGGGGAGCCGCCAGCCCCGGAGCGGCCCGCACUUACCGCGCCGGAGCCGCCUCCCGCCGCCCGGGAAGCGGAACCGCGGCGUCCGGCGCGCGCUCCCAUUGGCCCGCCCCGCCGCGCGCGCCGGCCCUUCCCGCGCGGAGCCGGCCCGGGCGGGGGCCGGGCCACGCCGCGUCUGCAGGGAGACCGCGCCGGCCGGGCGGGAGGGGGCGCGGGAGGGGACACAGGGGACAGCGGCGACAGCGGCGACAGCGGCAGCGGGGCCGCCACGGCCCGCCGGCAUCACGUGCGGCCGCCGCGCCCGGGGGCAGGAACGGGGGGGGCGCGCCACGUGACGGGGCGGUACCCGCCCUCUUCUUCCUCCUCUUCCUCCUCCUCCUCCUCCUCCUUCUCCUCCCCGCUCUUUCUUCCCCCGUCCCGCCCCGUUGGCUGUUGCCGUGGCGACACGGGAAGGAGGAGGCGGGGCCGCCGCCCCACCCCGGCCGCGCCGCAGCCCGUGAGCGCGGCCCCGCCGCCGGCAGCGCCGCCCAGGAGCCGCCGCGGCGGCCCGGAGCAUCCGCCGGGCGGGGAGCGGAGCGGAGGCGGCUGCGGCGGCGGGCACAGGGCGGGGCGGCCGAUGGCGGGGGGGUAUGAGAAGGUGCCAGUAAUUCUGGUUGGUAAUAAAGUGGACCUGGAAAGUGAGAGAGAAGUAUCACUGAGUGAAGGCAGAGCCUUAGCUGAAGAAUGGGGCUGCCCCUUUAUGGAGACCUCUGCUAAAAGUAAAACAAUGGUGGAUGAGCUCUUUGCGGAAAUUGUUAGACAAAUGAACUAUGCAGCGCAGCCAGACAAAGAUGAUCCAUGCUGUUCUGCAUGUAAUAUACAAUAGCAUUAAAAAUGACCUAACCUGGACUUAAUUUGCAGAAAUUUUGUAAGGUGGUAAAACUGUCUACUUCACUUCCUGGUUUGUGGAUCACCUGAAAUACAUCUGUAGUGAAGUGGCAACAUUAACUCAGAGCUGAGCAUUGAAAGUCAAUCACUGACUCUGAAUAUAAUUGGGUUAAAUGACCACAUCUCACCCGUUUUUUCCCUUUGAGCACCUGCAAUUUUAUGGCACAGUCAGUUGAUCUACAGGGUCAUUCCAGUCGAACAUACGUGUGUUGUCACGUCAGACAACAACAACAGCAACUAUUUCCGAAGAGGACAGAAUCCUUUUGGAAACGGGAGACGAGAGCAGUGGAGAGGAUAUCUCUGAAGACCUUUCACGACAAGCAUAAGUAUGAAAAGGAGAGCCAAGUCUUUUGGUGUCUAAUUACCACGCUUCAGAAUGGGCACUAUCACAUGUGGCUGAGUUUGUUCAGUCAGUUGUGUUGAUUUCACCAGAACUUCUUACAGUGUUGGAGGAAAAGGCUACCAGAGACCCAUAUAGUUUGGAUUCUUUUCAAAAUCAAUGCUAUUAUUUCUACACUUUAUCCCACAUCUUGAAAUAGAAAACAUGGAAUCAGUGUGUGAAAUGAGAGGCAAGAUCUGGAAACAAGUGAUAGGUGAAGAAACAGUCUGGCAUUGGAAUGUUUUAAAUCUUUCAUUUUGCUGCUCAAAAAUGGAGGAUCGCUUCAGGUUUUGGUCUACAAAAAGCCAAACAAACCCUCUGUUUACAAAGCAGGAAGCAUCUUUAUUUUCACUUUACUGAACCAGGAGGAAGCAACUGUGAUGAAAAAUAAAUUGCUGAGCCUUACUAACAAGGAACACUUUAAUAGAUUAACUAGUACCAUCUUGUAAGGAAAAUUAAGCCAUGUUUCAUCCAUAUGUUCCCUUCUGCAGAAACCUCGUGGGACAGUAUGAACAUCCUGCAUUUUUAAGUUUGUUAAAGACAACAAUUUUUCUUGCCUUUAAGGGCUACAUUCUCUGGUGUGAUCCCAAACUAACCUUUGAAAAUCCAGUUUGCUAUUUGAUAGCUUUAAUGUUAAAAACUUAAAUUGAAUAACCAUGUGAAAUCAUUUGGUUCAGAGGUGAAAUAGUUACAGUUGUAAUUCCUUAGGUGAGUGUGGAAAUGGCUCUUUAAUUGCCUGACACACUAUUCAAAGGUUGCCCCAAUUAUUGGAGUGUUUAAUGGUGGGAGCAAAUAUUUUAUUUGGAAAGGAUGCUCGAGCUCUGACUUGCUAGUUUCAUAGCAGUGAAGUAUUUAUCAUUUGCAUGACUAAUGGCACAGAAAUACCUAUUUCAAAGUCUUACAAUCAAAGUAUAGAAAAGUUUUCAAUCGCAAUGUUUAGAUUUUAAAUGCUGGAGAGAUUGUCUUGAGCUGGAUCUUUUAUAGGUAAAAUUGGCCAUAAAAAUACAGUCACUGAGCCUGUGGUCUAAAUAACACCAUGCGUUUAUUAGUUUCUAAAUCUUGUGCAGUAACAGUGUAGUUCCUUGUGUUUAAAUGAGUGAAAAUAGGGGUGCUGGGCUGUGUGUGUGUGUGUUGAGUGUGUAUGUGUGUGUGUAUAUGGCCCUUAGAAAUGCUGUAAUUGGAGUUAGGUUCGAGAGUUUUGCCUCCAUCUGCAGAACUUCCUAAAAGCGCUCUCAUCUGCCACGAAGGACACUGCAGUAGAAAACACUUUGCAGAUUUCCAUACAUAAAUAUCUUUAACAUUUUGAAUUAUAGUUCACUGGAUCAUAAUUAAAGAAAACCAUUCACAGAAGAGAACUGGCCAACUCUGCCCUUAAUCUUUCAAGACCUUUUCACAACCAGUGUGACAAAGGGCAUUAGAUGUCCCAGAACAUUAAGCCUUACUAGAACAUAAAUGUAGCCCAUUUCCCAUCUACUUUGCAGAGCUUUUGUUACUGUACUUUGUUCUCUUAGGGAGAUAGGCACAGCAUUUAUUUCUGGCAUCUGAAUGCCCAUUUUGGGUGCUCUGAAUCGCCCUCCUAGAGGCACCUACCUCUUUCCAUUGACUGUAUGGCAAACUUAGGCUUUUAACUUUAGUCCUCCAAGUCACACAACUCACAUGCCUAAACUAGAUGGUAUGAAUGUUCUCUUACCACCCCCUGCCUGCCCAUUGUGUCAGCUGCCAUGCUUAAACAAGGUGUGAGAUGUUGGAUUAAUGAUAUUUCAGGGUUUCAAAUAUCUAGAUUGGGAAAUGGUUAAUGAAGCAGCACAAUCCAUCCAUAAAACAGCUUGUCAGUGUGAGAUCCACUGCGUAAUCACUCGAAAACGAAAAACGACAAAAACAAACCCCAGAAAACAAACCAAAGCCAAAUUUCAAACUCAGUUGGAAGUGUAUGUUAUAGGAGGUUGUUUACAGAGAUGUGAAAAGUCUUACCUCACAGAUUGUUCAUCGACCAAGAAAAUGGCAUGGAUUAUGAACAGCCUAACGUGAAGUUCAUAAUAUAAAGCAGAUGGGCUUUAAAUAUAGGAAAAAUUGCACAGUAAAUUUCAAACAAAAAAUAUUAAAGAAAAUGUCUCCCAGUUUUGCUUCUUCAUUCCACUCUUACAUUUUCACAAGCAUAGGCCAUAUGUAAGCUACCAUGCAACUUGGCUGGGGGGGCAAAGUAUAAGUGUUGUUUUUCAUUGUAUAGUUCUGAGGAAGUAGUUAUGCACUAUUUGUAUUUCCACUAAUGUGAAGAUAGUGGAGCUUGAAUCAAUGACAGUUGCACUCGACAGAUUUUUCAAGUUAUAGGGGUAGAAGAAAGGGAGGUAGGUGAGCCACAUGGCGGCUGCAUGGCCACCCUGCAGGAAUCACUGGUCUUGGGUCACUGUUUCAUUUGUACCCUGAUACCAAUUAUAGUAUUUGAAAGUUUCUUAUAACAUGCCUUAAAAUAUUAUGAUUUGUUCCAAAGACCCACUUUUCCUUUGGCUGUUGUUGUAGAGCUUUGUACUUUUCUACAAAGACAGCAUUUCUCCAGUUUUGUUGGUUUUUUUUUUUAAAAAGUUGCAACUUUUAUUCUUUUAAGCUAUGAUAGUGAGAGCAACUGUUUCCUCUUUCCCUUAAAAAUAAACACAAAAAUGAUUCAAAGCAAACAAACGAGAAUCAGAUCAAGAGUAUUAAAUACAACUUGGAUUUUGUUUGGGUUUUUUCUGUUGUGCUCAUCCCCCUGCCCACCCCUUCAGAGCAUCAAAAAAUAAAUUUGGUGACAAAUUCUGUUCUGAUUCUAACCUCUCUCUAACCCCAGUGCUACAGUUGCCAUUACUUUUCUGUGGGAAAACUACUGGUAUUUGCUUUCCUGUAUAGAAUGUUACCUAAAGAUGUCAGCCAUUUGGUUGGGGGGUUUUGUGCAUGUUUGUUUUUAAUUUUUUUUUUAAUAUUUUUUUUUACCAGUGUGCCAUCAAAGCACUGGUUAGGCUUUAAUUGUGAAACUCCGCAACAAAAGCAAAUGUUUGACAACUGCAGGAGGCUUUUAUCUGCAUUGUUGUGCAUCUGUUAAUUCUUGAUCAGGAUUUGAAGAAAGACUGAAGGGGGUUCUGGAGUCAGACUUAACGCUGUUAAUUUGGAGUUUCCUAGGGGUGAAUUAAUGUAUUUCACAGUUAAUUGUUGAGCUCUAAUACAACUGGCAACUUAAAAUGGGGCAACAGUUUGUUUUGUAACAAUGUCAGUUGUUUAAAUCUUGAUGUUUCAAAUAAAACAAGAAUUGUACAUAGAACUCAAUGCAAACUCAGCAGUUGUAUUUGGAGUUAAAUUAUUUUAACAAAUAAAUUUAUUUAAUGAAA